CGUCUUCGGCACAGCCUCCACUUCGCCAAGGUCACAGCUGCGCACAGAUCGUGUCAAGAGGAGCUGGAGACGCGACCGAAGAGAGCCUCCGCCGACUUUGUGAGGGAGAGGGACUACCAGCAGUACCGAGUUGCGUGCGAGCAUGUGGCUGCAACGGUGGCUGACGCUCUGCGCACUGACAUCCGCGACGUGGGUCCGCGCAGAGACGACGACGGUCAGCGAGUACGACCCGGCGGUUUCCCCGACGCCUCCCACCGGGCCGUGCCAGCUGGUGGAACCGACACGGGUGGCGUGCGAGGGGCUCCUGGCCUUGGACGAGGUCGCGCCCAGCAUCCCGGAAGAAUCCUGGUCAGAGGUUACGACGCUCGCCAUAGAAAACGGGAGGUUCCUGACGCUGACCUUGGAUGACUUGCUGGACCUGCCUUCCUUACACACGCUCGUCUUCAAUCAGAGCCAAGUGUCGCGAUGGGCGGUGCCCACGAGGAAGGGCGUCCCCGCCGUCAGCCACCUCGUCCUCCGCGAGUGCUGGGACGCCGAGGACCAGACGCUCUCGCUCACCAGGAAGAUGAUGCUGGGUCUGAAGGGCCUCGAGGAGAUCCAAAUCCUCGACUGUCUCCUGCUCAACCUCGAGUUCAGUGUCCUUGAAGCCGAGAAGCCGCUGCAGCUCCUGCGCAUCGAGGGUGGCAGCCUCGUGUGCAAGAACGGCAACCUGUGGAUGCUGUUCUGGCUGGAGUCGGGGCAGAUCAGCGUGAGCGCCGACACCACCUGCUUCCGCCACACCACCAGCCUAGGGUUCAGUCUCAGCUUCGACGGACACCCGUUCCUGCGCAUCAUGGGCUACCUCAAGGAGGCGGUGCGUGACUGCCCGAGGGUGUGUUCCUGCGAGGUCCGCGGCAUGAAGUCGAACGGGAUGCCCCUUCAGUAUGCGGCGUGCGAGGGGCGAGGCGUCACGACCCUCCCGCUCACCCUCCCCAGGUUCACGUCGCAGCUUUACCUCACGGAUAAUAAUAUAACAGAUCUCGACACUCUUUUCACCAACGAGAACUACAGAAACUUGGACCAUGUUAUUCUGAAGAACAACCAAAUUUCUUACAUCGAUGGAGAUUUGUUCUACAACUUCCUCAAAAACCGUUCUCAUAACAUCCACAUCAACUUGUCAAACAACCGCUUGAGAACGUUCCCCGUGUGGGCGCUGCGGAAGGUGCACGAGGACGGGAAGGACACCAACCUCACCAUCUACAACCUCGUCCAACUGCGAGGAAAUCCCUGGGACUGCCGGAACUGCUCCUUCGUCGAGGAAUUCAGGGAAUUCUACCAAGAGCUCGUGCGACACGUUGUGGACAUCCUUACCGACGUGGCCGAGAUCCGCUGCGGCGAGAGGGACACGGCGUUGGAUGAACAGGAAGAGGAGGAGGGCGCUGAGGACUCCCACGCAGGAUUGUCCUUUCUCGUGACGAGUCCUGACGAGCUGUGUCCACCGGAGUCCUCAGCCUUCCUCCUGAAGGAUGCCAUCUACACGAUCCUGGCUGUGGCGCUGCUGGUGUUCGUCGUGGGCCUCUCGUACGCCGUGCACUUGUCCAAGAAGCGAGGGCAGCUCUUCCAGUUGCUCCAGUGAGCGUGGCUGUGCGUUUGUAUUGGCAGCAGAGUCUUAAGAAACAGAGGCUUAAGAAACAGAGGCACUUGGUUUGCCGGCCGGAGAGAGGGUCGGAAGGCUUGAGAAGCAGAGGCACUUGGUUUGAUGUCCGGGGAGGAGGCGGACGACCUCUUGUCCGCUGUAUAUAUUGUAAUAUUUUGUGGGAAUCGUACGUGAAACAGGCUGUGGGACGACCGUAGACUUCUGACCAACGGCCGCGUAUACGUGUUAUAAUUCAUGAGAAGGAAAAUUAACACUGAAAUGGUGGACAUUAGGUCAUUUGAUAUUUUUAAUGAAUUAUAAUUUGGUUCACACAACCAAAUGAAUGAUAUAGUAGUUGAUGUUCGAAUUAACUAUAAGUAUAUGCACUGCAGGCCGAGCUCCUUUGUAUUAUGCCGUUCACACUAACACUUAAUGUAUAAAGAGCUAUUCAUAAA